UUUCACAACACAAUGCUCUCCUAAUACAUGAAAGAACACAUUCUGGAGAGAAACCCUACAAAUGUAAUCAAUGUCAUAAAGUCUUUUCACAACAUAGUCAUCUUCAAAUACAUGAAAGAACACAUUCUGGAGAAAAACCCUAUAAAUGUAAUCAAUGUGGUAAAGCCUUUACAUGUGCCAAUAGUCUCCGAAGACAUGAAAGAACACAUUCUGGAGAGAAACCCUACAAAUGUAAUCAUUGUGAUAAAGCCUUUUCACAACACAGUCAUCUUCACAUGCAUGAAAGAACACAUUCUGGAGAAAAACCUUACAAAUGUAAUCAAUGUGAUAAAGACUUUUCAUGUGUCAAUCAUCUCCAAAUACAUAAAAGAACACAUACUGGAGAGAAACCUUAUAAAUGUAAUCAAUGUGGUAAAGCCUUUAUAUGUGCCAAUAGUCUCCGAAGACAUGAAAGAACACAUUCUGGAGAGAAACCCUACAAAUGUAAUCAAUGUGAUAAAGCCUUUUCACAACACAGUCAUCUUCAGAUGCAUGAAAGGACACACUCUGGAGAGAAACCCUACAAAUGUAAUCAAUGUGGUAAAGCCUUUUCACAACACAGUUAUCUUCAGAUGCAUGAAAGAACACACUCUGGAGAGAAACACUACAAAUGUAAUAAAUGUGGUAAAGACUUUUCAUGUGUCAGUCAUCUCCAAAUACACGAAAGAACACAUACUGGAGAGAAACCCUACAAAUGCAACCAAUGUGAUAAAUCCUUUACACGAAACAGUAAUCUUCAGAUGCAUGAAAGAACACAUUCUGGAGAGAAACCCUACAAAUGUAAUCAAUGUGGUAAAGCCUUUGUAUGUGCCAAUAGUCUCCGAAGACAUGAAAGAACACAUACUGGAGAGAAACCUUACAAAUGUAAUCAAUGUGAGAAAGGCUUUUCACAACACAGUGCUCUCCAAACACAUAGAAGAACACAUACUGGAGAGAAACCCUACAAAUGUAAUCAAUGUGAUAAAGACUUUUCAAGACACAGUCAUCUCCAAAUACAUGAAAGACUACAUUCUGGAGAGAAACCCUACAAAUGUAAUCAAUGUGGUAAAGCCUUUUCACAACACAGUAAUCUUCAAAUGCAUGAAAGAACACAUUGCUAGAGAGAAACCAUCCAAAUGUAAUCAGUGUGGUAAGGACUUUUCACUACACAAUAAUCUCUGAAGACAUAAAAGAACACACUACUGGAGAGAAACUUUAUAAAUGCAAUCAGUGUGAUAAAGGCUUUGUUGUGCCCAUGUUGCAAGACCCCCAAGCAAGACCACCAGAGAGCCAAUAUCUGAUGCAAGUACAAAAAGGUUUGUUGAUAGUAAGCAAGCCCAGGCUUGCUCCUUGUCCAACACCCUGCCUAUGCAGGUGAAGAAGUAAGGCCCUGAGCUCUCAGAGUGAGGGGUUUUUAAAGGAAAAGACCACAAGCUUGGGGGUACAAGCCUUUGCAUUUCAGUCAUACUUCAGUUAACAGGAACAUUUAGCCAAGAGAAGAACUACAGAAGACAAAAUAUCUUUGGAGACUUUCCCAGUACUAUUGGAGACUUUGAUGAAUUAAGCCUUUGUUUUAGCUAUUUCUUGGCCAGCAGCCUACCCACCCUGGGGAGUUGGGAUUCACCUUGACCAGAGUCUUAGCUUGGUAUUUAUGUCCCUGGAACUUGGUUCAGCUUUUGUCUUAGUAUUGCUAGAAUGAAGUUUUCUUUAAAAUGGAAUUUGACUUGCUAUCUCAGCUUUCACAACAUGGUAAUCUUCAAAUGCAUGAGAAACACAUUCUGGAGAGAGAUCCUAUGUAUGUAAUCAAUGUGGUAAAGCCUUUGCAUGAAUCAGCAGUCGUUGAAAUCAUGAGAAAUCAUACUACAGGGAAAGCCUAUAAAUGUAAUGAGUGUACACUUUAUGUUAAUGUUUAUAUAAGAGUAAAACUUUUAGUGUGUAAUUGGUUUUUUAAAGACUUUUCAUUUUACAGUGGUCUUUAAGGGCCUGAAAAACUAAUACUGAAGGAAAUCUUGUUAUAAAGGAUUUGAUAAGUUCUUUCCCAGUCUUGAUUCUGUUACACAAAAUUAUGCUGGAGAAAAAAAACUGACAAGUUUCACCAAUCUCUUCAAGCAUUAUGAUGUCCCUCUUUGUUUUGUUUGCACUUGUAAGUUCAUAUGGACAAAAGACAUGAAUUUAAAUAAUGAGGUAAUCCCUUUAUAUUCCACAGUUCUCUUUAUUACAUGAAAUACAUAUCCAGUUGUAAAACUUAAUGUAUGUGUAUUAGUGCCUUUUCUGUUGCUGUGAUAGAGCAUUAUGUCUAAGUCAACUCAUGAGUGAGCCCUUGGUUGCAGAGCGAUACAGGAUCACCAUGAAAGUGGCAUGGCAACAAGUGUCAAACAUGGCAGCUAAAGCAGAAAAUUAAAAACUCACAUCUUCCACCUGCAGCAUGAAUGUGAAAGUGGGAACUGGAAAUAGUGUGUGAAUGUGAACUCACAUGCUCACUCCCAGGGACUUAUUUCUUCCAUCAGGGCACACAUUACCUAAAUAUUCUCAAAUGAUACCACCAACUGAGAAAGAAUGAUUUCUCUGACUACAAACCUACAUGCUUGCUCUGCUUGCUUUCUGUUACAUAAAUCAGUUCAUGGUGAAGAAAAACUCUGUAAAUAAGCCUUUUGAUGCUUCAGCACCUGGGUUACAGUAAUAAAUGCUUACAAGGGAAAAAAUUCUUGAGUGAAAAUCUGAUUAUUAAAACACUUGUUUUAAUUUUAAUUAUGUGAUGUCAGUGUGUCUUUGUGUGGGUAUAUGCUUUCUGGUUCCUAAGAAAUUUAGACCCUUGGAUCUUCUUUUAGCAGGAAUUACAGGAAGUUGUCAAAAACCUGACCUUCAUCUUGGGAAUCAACUUCUCUUAACUGCUUGGCUGUGUCUCUCACCCUGCAAGUAUUUUAAAACCUUCAUAUAUCAUCUUGAUGUCAGAAAAUAGGAAAUAAUUCAUACAAGAGAAAAAUCCGAUUCAGGUAAAAGGAUUGGUAAAGACUUUAGGCAUCAUAGUUGUCUUCAGUUUCAAGAAAAAAAAUCUUGCUUCAUCUCUUUUUCAUCAUAGCCUAGAAAAAAGUAAAUAAUAUUUGCCAUGUUCACUCAAGAUAGAUAGUGGAGAUCACUGCAUUGUGGUUUCUAUUUUGCACCAUUUGAGGUAGAUACUAAAGUGUGUUGUAUGUGUGGCAAAUCCAUUUAGUAAAGUUUAUAUUUUUGUCCUUAUAUUCUUUCUUUGACUCCUGUUCAUCGUCUGUUGUGUUUUCACUUAGUAAUAGGUAUUUUUCUGCUAUAAUGUAUAAAAUGGGAUGCCCAUCAUCUAAGUGGUCCAUUGUUUAUUUAAAUAUCAGGCAGUGUGUGGUCAUACUUUUCAAGUAAGUGUAUCUAUGAAAGGGUGGUGAGUUGUUUUUUCCUGGUUUUGUUUUUCAUAUUUGCACAAAUUUCAUUGAAAUGGUGUUUAUUAUCCAGCUUGGCUUCAAUUUCAGGGAUUUUAGUCAGGGAUACAUUUGAACUCAUGAUCCUUAUGUGUUACCCUACUGGGUACACGUCCAAGUAUAAAUAAUGUACCCCCGAUGUAUGCUGUUUUAUUAGCAUAUUUAAACAUAUGUUAAUGUUAAAAUGCUUAAUAGAAGAAAACAUAAGAAACAUUAAAUAUCUCAUGUGUCCAAAGCUUCAUUUUCAUAUAUCUGGUAGAGAUGUAAUAAUGUAGGAUAACCAGCAAUCAACUGUAUAUUUCACAAGCUAGCUUGAUGUGCUAGGGAUAUGUGUAUAUUAUUUGAAGUUCCAUGUUUCUUCAUGUCCCCAUUAUUCAUCCUUUUGGCACUUCAAAUUGAAGUACUGCAUUCUAAGGGUAUUAUACAGAGAUGCCAGAUAAUGUAAUGGCAAUGAAAUUUAUUUAAAAUAAAAUUCCGUUUUUUAAUUUU